UUUUAGUUCCUUGUUUUUCCCGGACCAGAGUGGAUCGCUGCGCGACGACCGCUCCGUGUGUUCUUUUGUCGUACGACACGGUACGCCUGUGGCAUCCAGACACGCACGGUGCGUACAUUUUGCGUGAAGCAGAACAUCGGCAAAUGUUGCCGUGAGAUCGUUCAUUGAAUCUAGCGAAAAUCUCGUAAAAGUUUGUGCGUGCGUGAGUGUGAUUUUGUGACAAGUGUCCGAUUUGAAGCCUAACCAGAGAUUCACGAGGAAAAAUGAAUUUUAAAAAUAAAGAAAAAGGACGAAGAUUCUAGAGCCUAGCUAAUCCAGCUAUUCGUGACAGAUCACAAUUUGAUCUUCGCUUUCGGUGCCGAUCCGUUGCACAUUAGUUCCUUCCCAAGUACCGAUCGAAACCCAUCCGUCAGUCAACGAAGGAGGUAGCUUCCCAGGGGGGUGACGAUUACAUUCCACCCCCAUUCCGCCAGUGUGAGAGUGGGAUGCACGGGACACACCAAUAAGGACGAAACGAGCGUACGAGCGAGCGAGCGAGUCAGCGAGGAGGGCAAGGAGCUGAUCCGAUCGAGCGAACCGAGCGUUUGGUCGAGGCGAGGCGCGCAAAUCGGCAGCUUCCGGGGCGACGAUUAUGUGCCAACCCCCAACCCCAACAUCCUUUCCCUCUCAAUCUCACCCCACCGUCCCCAGCCUUAUCGCACCCCUCGUGCCGGAGGAAUCGUGAGGCUCACUCUUCAUGGGUUCGGCACGGGCGAAUCGGUUAGCAUUUAAUCCUUAGCCGUCGAGUCGAACGCAACGCGCAACUGACGUCGGUGGUUGAUCGGUUGCUGCGAGCCGAUAGAGCAGUUUGGUGUAACAUCCCCAAAUGUUGAUGCCAACAGUGUUUGCCACAUUUUAAAUCUUUUUGAGGCCGUUUUUUUGUGAGUGCGUGUGUUGAACAACCAAGAAUAAUGCUUCGGUGAAAAUAGUGGGCGAAUGUGAGUGCUGUGAUCGUAGAUGUGAUGCCCGUGUGAUGACAUUUAGCAAGUGCGUUUGCUGCAAGUGUGGCCGGUUUUCGCGUGGAAAACACUGACUUGCCCCGGCACAGAUCGUGCCACCAGCACGAUCACGACUGUGUGUGCGUAUGUGUGAUUAGUGUGUGAGGUGAGUGUACAGGUGAAGAAGCAAUACGGGGUGCAAAAAGAAAAACAGGCCACAACACACACACACCCACCCUUGCACACCGAUAACAGUGACCCUGCAAAAACGGCGUGGUGCAUGUUGUUUAGCAUGGAUUUUCAGAGUGCAAUGGAAACCUUCGCUGAAGCUUGGGUCGCCGCCAGCACUGGAGAACAGACGCAAGCACUCGCCCUGACGCGUUCGAAAUCUCCCAAGAAAGAUACCUCGAUGCCAGUAUCCCCGUCGCACCCUACCGGACGUGACACCGAAAUGUCCAGCCCGAAGGACCCUUCCGGCACAGCGGCCUCCUCCUCCAGCAGUAGCAGCCACAGCAGCACAGCCUGUGAACCACCACCAACCGACCGUUCCGCACCGGCCGAUGUGACAAAUGGUUCCGCGAACCACCACCAUCUACCGGCACCCAGCAAUGGCCCGUCCGGUUCCUCUUCCACCGUCAAUCCGGCCACACGGCCAGAACUCGGGGCCAACCUUCAUCCUGCCAUCAGUGUAUCGCAAUCGCUGCUGGCAGCCGCCGCCACCGUUAAUCGCUCCGUAACGCCACGCAUCAGCGUAUCCAACUCACUGACCGCGCCGGAAAACAACGGACCGGGACCGAACGGGCCGGGCACCAAUCCCGCCAACGGUCCGCACAUCGAUCGGACCAUUCUACAGUCGCCGGUAGCGGCCGUUGCAGCGGCCGCCGCAGCCAUGCAGGAUCGGAAGCAGGAUUUUGACUUCAGCAAAGUGAACGCUAAAUCCCUGCCGCUUCAUUGCGUGGUCGAGUCCGUCAGCUCGUUGCAGGCGACCCUCAACUUUGACACCCGCAGCCCCUGGAAGCGACGGCCAAACAUCGAAACGGACAGCUACGUCAUCAUACCGGCUGCGACACCAUUUUGUGAUAUCGUUACGACCGCGCUCCAGCGGCUCGGCUAUUCUACAGAGAUCUCCAAUGCAGCUCGAGGCUCCAUAUCGAUCAAGAACUGGAAGUCCCUCUCGCUCGAUGCCAUCUCGGACAAUCCGCUUGUCUCGGUCAGCGACAUACUCGGCGAGCUAACGUCGGUCGUAACGCUCAAGAUUACGAUCCUGCGCAACAAACCGUCCCAGCUGGCCGAAAUUAAGGAUAAACUGUUGAAGCUACUCAUCCUGCAGUCACACACACUGCUCCGAUCGACCGGUUGCCCACUGGAUGAGAUAACGCUAUCGCAAAUAUGCCGCAGCCCACUGCAGACUACGUUCCCUUUUACGCCCGAGAUUCCGGAGGAAACGCGGCGCAACUUCGACCAGUGGUGGAGCAACCAGCUGGCCCCGCAAACGAACCCGAUCGCCCACAAGAUACUGCCGUUCGCGAACCCAGCGCAGAACGAUCAUCUCGACUUUUCUAGUCAUGGGUUUCCGAGUUUACACGCGGCCAAGCGGGACGCGGCGCUGCUGGUGGGGGAUGGAGGUGCGGUAGCGGCUGCCGCUGCCGCCGCUCACCACGCCAGCCAGCAUCACAAUCUGGUGGUACAUCCCGCACUGCAGACCGUCCACUCGCAGUAUCCCAACCAGAAGACACGCAUGCGAACGAGCUUCGAUCCGGAGAUGGAACUGCCGAAGUUGCAGCGCUGGUUCCAGGAGAAUCCACAUCCCUCGCGCCAACAGAUCCAAUCGUACGUGGUGCAGCUGAACUCGCUCGAAUCACGCCGUGGCCGGAAACCGCUCGACGUGAACAACGUGGUGUACUGGUUUAAGAAUGCACGGGCAGCACAGAAGCGGGCCGAGAUGCGGCAAGGCAUGACCAAUGGGUUCGGCACGCCUAGCAUGAUGCUGUCCCAGGCGGACUACAUGAAAAGUUCGCCCAGUGCUCCAUCGGAAGAUAUCGACAACCUGUCGCAGGAUGAAAUGGACGAUGAGCUGGAUAGGCCGAUGUCACCGCAGCUGCCCCUAUCGCUUACGAUCCACGAGCGCAACCAUCCACUAACGCCCUCGGACCAGACACCGAUCAAGCAGGAGCAACACUCCGGAUCGGCCAGUCCUCCACCGUCACCUUCGCCGAACCAUGAGCACAGCUCGGGCAAUUCUAACUCGGGCAACAAUCAUGGAGCUAGUGCUGGCAGUAACAACAACAAUGGGACUGCCACCGGUCUCAGCAUCAACAACAACAACAACAAUAACAGUAGCAACACGAACAACAACAACGGCAACAACGAGUCCGCCAACGAUCCCACCCUGAACGAUGAGCCGAAAUCGAACUACUCGAACGAGCGAAGCAGUUCACCGCAACGCUCAUCACGCUCGCCCGCCUCCGAGGAUCUCGACAUGGACGAACCGGACGUCAGCAACAUGGACGACUACCGGUCGCCUUCACCCGACUCGAAGCGCCAGCUGCCCUUUCCGAUGAACAACCCAAUGCUGUCCCACUCGAUCAUGUACAUGUCGCACUACAUCCCCGCGAUGCAAGGUGCCGCUGGAAUGCAUCUGAAGAGUGACUUCAACCCGGCCGCUCACGGACCGCUCGGGCAGGGUGGACUAAACCUGUCGUUCAACAGCGACGAGCGGCGGAAGCGUAACCGCACCUUUAUCGAUCCGGUAACGGAGGUGCCGAAGCUGGAGCAGUGGUUCUCGAUGAACACGCACCCGUCGCAUAAUCUCAUCCUGAAGUACACCGAGGAUCUCAACCGUAUGCCUUACCGCCAAAAGUUCCCCCGGUUGGAGAGCAAAAAUGUGCAGUUUUGGUUCAAGAAUCGGCGGGCCAAGUGCAAACGGCUCAAGAUGUCGCUGUACGAUCCGGCGCAGUUGGCGAACCUGGGCGAACAGGCCCAUUUGGCGGCGCUUCAUGAUGCACCGCAUCUGUCCGGGCUCCACGAAGCAUCACAGCUUCAUCCAUUCCAUCAUGGCGAUCGGGAUUAGGCGAGAGUUCAAGGGGACUAGCGAUCGAUUAAGAACCAAAGACUACAAAACGGAGAACUCUACGUCGGAUGAGUAGAAACAAAAAAAAAACGACCCAUUCCAGAGGUGUAGUAGCGGUUGUAAAAACAAGCAAAAGCAAGUUCGUUUCCUAACGUUAGACGUAAGUGUACUCCGCCAGUUCCUGCGAGAUAUGUACGGACGUGUAAAAAAAAACUGGUAGUCAUUUUCCAGCAUCAGAAGGUGAUGUAAUUUUAUCUAACCAACGAAUCGAGAUAAAAAAAAAACGAUCAAGAGAUCACAUUCCACUUCUA